AUGUAUUCACCGGAUAAUCAGGAAAUUAUUUCUGAAAUCGUCAGUGUUGCUUGUAUCACUGCCAUCUCUCUCGUGUUUGGCCGGAAAGUGGCGAGUAUCGAUGGUCCUGUGCUUUAUAUCCGAAGUUUGCUUCUCGUGCUCUAUGGUCUUACUUGGGCUUUCAAUCUGAUCAGCUGUAUGCUCAUCAGUACCAAUAACGGAAAUUACAUCUCUUGCAUUCUUGGUUUAUUCAACUGUGUCUUUGUCUAUACUCUUACCAAAAUGAUCUUGUACCUUUACUUUAUCGAAAAGAUCUACAUUAUUUCUGUACCGAAUGCUUCCCGAUUCAAAUCACCGUUGUAUAUUUUUAAUCUCGUUUUAUUGACGCCGUAUCUCGGUCUUAUGAUCUUGAUGAUUGUCUAUCGCGUCGCUCUUGUCCAUGAUGAGUUCCCUUAUCACUGCACCAUUGGCUUCCAGUUGCCGGCCUCCAUCUCCGUUUUAAGCUACGAUAUCCUCAUGAACUUUUUGUACUUGGGCAUCUUUAUCAAGUUCUGCCUGUUCCCCAAUACAGCCCAGCAAACCACACGCCACGCCUCCUCGCUUCACGUCAUGGCCAAGCGCAGCACCAUCGCUGUUCUUAUUUCUCUGAUCACCGUCGCUGCUAACUACAUCUUGAUGGUUGUUAUGGAGGGCGCAGAACGUGGUUUGAUUGCUCUUACCAUGUCCACCUUGGAUACAACACUGGUGGCAUGCGCUAUUCAUUGGGUCACUACGCAUCCUUCUGAACUUCAAUGCACCGAAAAGGCAUUGCAACGAACCAAUGGUGAUAAACCCGUCAAGCUCGAGAUUAAACAACAUCAAGAAGUCGUCGUACUGACUGAAAUGGCUUCUCAAGCAUAA